AUGGCGACUUUCUACUCGUCAUUCUUCUCGUCGGGUCUCCUUGCUCCGCAGCCUCACACUCCGCAGCCGUCCUCGCCGUCGACACCUCGCCAGACCUACCUCAACUUCGACCACGAGAUCACUCCCACCGCUCUCCCGGGCACAAAUGCGCCCGGUCCUGAGCCCACACUGCUCCCAUCUAUCAGCCUGACAGAGUCGGCGCCGACCCAUGACCACGGGCGGCGCCUUCGCCGUCGGCGCUCGUCGCUUACCGCUUCAACUUCGCCCCUCGCUACCAUCAAGUCCACUACUGCACACCGCACUGCGGCUGCAUCUGUGCAGAGGCAGUCUCUGAUCGCUGGCCGUUCGAGAUCCGGAAGCGAUGCGAGCACGUUCUCCAUGCACUCUCGCGGUGAGUCCGUCGUCGAAGAGAUGAGUGUCAUUCGUCGGCUACGGAGCGGCAGUGUUGGUACCGCGUUGAGACCCCGCCGUACGCUCCGCCGCAAUGCACCUCCCGCACCACCACCACCAACCGCGCCCCUUCCUGCGCUUCCGCUCCCCCAAUCGCACUUGCAAGCGCCCACGACCCCGCGCCGGCCACUCCAGCGUCGUGUGCAUACGAUGGACAAUGCGUCACCAGUACCUUAUUCCUCCACACUGGCCGUGGUUCCGUCAUCUCCCUGUGACUCUGACUACGCGCUCCCAUCAUCGCCCGGAUAUCCCGCCCUUGGAAACGCGAGUGCGGCGUCUGAUCUUGGCAUGAGGAAAAUGCAGUUGGACUACCCGAGUCCUAUCGAGGGCGAAGGGUGCUUAUGGGACCAGAAUGCGAUAAAGGAGAACUAG